AUGGGCAACGAACAGUCCACUGCAAACGGCUUGCGCGGCGACGGCGUACCAUUCGUGAGCUGGCAGCAAAUAUCCAGGCAGCACUUUACUGAUGAUAAUGAUACCGAUUAUAGCGCGCAUGUAACAACCAGGAGCUACCACUUUGCAGAGCCGUCUAGCUACCGCUAUGAUCGCGUGCCACGCGUAGUGACGGGUAACGUCGUUUUUACAGAUCCACCAAAGGUCGAUAAAGAGCUGAGGAACAAGGAAGCACUACUAGGGAAUAUUGCAAUAGUUGAGCGAGGCGGUCGCGUCCAUUUCCCAGACAUUGUGCGACGGUUAUUGGCAGUGGGAGUCACGGGUAUCGUUUUCAUCGAAAGGACAGACAACAGACACGCGAUCCAGUCACUGUUCGACGGAUUUCACUCGUCUGGACGCCAACGCAUAUCCAUUCCUAUCGUACUACUUUCAAAGUAUCAUGCCGACCAAUUGCUGAUAGACAAGCCGUCGCGAAUUUCGAUUGAAUUGCUCUGGAGAGAACAAGCGUGCAAGCAUGUAGUGCCUGACGACGUGUACUUUGGGGUUCAGAUUGCAGCUAGAGCUGGGGACGUAGAACUGCUUCGAUAUUUACUGGAAAUUGAUACAUCGGGAAAUGUGGUGGAGAACAUACCAAAGGCAGUGGCUUUGUGUGACGCCGUGGAGAAUGGACAUGUGGAUUGCAUUGAGAUAUUGCAUAGUUUGGGCGUAACAAUGGACGAACAGAAGCCGACAGGUGUAUCGCCACUGAUGGUGGCUUGUUCAGUCGGAAAUGUAGAAGCUGCACGAGCAUUGUUGAUGUUUGGAGCAAGUCUGGACUUGGAAGAUGUACACGGUAUGACCGCGCUGAUGGUUGCUGCACGAGACGGUCACACCAAUUGCGUCAAAUUGCUGGUCAAAAAGGGAGCAAGGAUAAAUCUGUCAAGAAAUCGAAGCCGUGGUACGACGGCACUUCAUAUUGCCGCCCGUGGUGGAUUGGAAGAGUGUUGUUCGAUAUUGCUUCAAGGAGGUGCGGAUCUCGAGACACAAAGUCCAAAUUCAACUACUGCUUUAAUGGAAGCUGCCCGCGCCGGAAAUCUCGGUUGUGUAAGGGUUCUUGUGAAAUCUGGGGCAAAUUUGUUCGCGAAAGACCGCGACGGUAAUACAGCAGAGCACCUGGCGCAUAUGGCUGGAUAUAGUGCUAUCGAAGAUUUUUUACAUGAACAAGCAGAGAGCGAAUCCGUCAAAAGUCACCGUCGUAAAAUUGAGGACACUGUUGCUAAGCCAGGGUCUACAUUGAAAGAUCUUCUGGUGAUAGCGAAAAGCAACCAAAUGUCUGUCGACAUUCUGUACCGAGAAAUGAUACGAGAGUACAAAUCGAGUAUUUGGCUCGAGCAGCCUCGAAUUAUUUACGAUGUGUUUCGUUUACUCACGGUUUCUGCCGCGUCUCCCGAGUCUGAUCCUACGGAUGAUCCUAAUUACGGUAAAUACACAGUCCAGCAUUUUUGCAGUGAAGUUGCUUUGUGGUAUUCGCCAAAGAUUUUUCAAAAGGGAAAUUCGUCAGGAUACCUUAAGGUGCUCUUUAAUUUCGUUUGCACCCCGGACCUCCUGGAUGACGUUCUUUUGGUACUCUUUUGCAAGGUUGUCAAUCACUUAAUUGUCAAUCAAAAUCUUGGAGAGCUGUUGUGGCGCUUUUUCGCUGACGAAGGACAAUUUAUUGUGCCAUGGUUGGUCUGCCAUAUCGGUCUUGACUCUAUUCGCGACACUGUUGUGUGGCUUAUGUACUCGGACAUGUCGGAGGUUGGACAGCUUAAUGUACGAAAAAGUGGCAUUUUUGACUCUUUGCUCGCUCGCCUUUACUCUUGGCAGCGAACUCUAGGCUGGGGAGUCGGGACAGCAUUUCAGCGUGACUCGAUCGAAAAUAUUUGCUCUUUGAUUAACUACAUUAUUUAUCCACCCUCAGUCUACAUCAUGAACAACGUGGCUACUUUCGUGGAGAAUACCGACCAUUCCUUACCUCUCAUAACAGACCAGCACUUUCCGUUACACCACAACGAGCUUUUUAAAUCACUAUUAUUGUUUUUUCUCAAUUCGGCGGAUGUCUCGUUUGGAACAUUGCUCGAUUUGGGAUUCGCAGAGGUCUGUCGCCAAUGUACUCAAGGAUGUACUUCGCUUGUCGUUCGUGAUGGCGGUGCUCUGUCAAUUAUUAUGACGCUUAUGGGCACGCUGGGUUAUCACAAAAAGAAGCGCGAUGUCACGGGGAUUGAAGUUUUGUUGAAAAAGGCACACGUAGCAAUUUUAAACGCGCUAAUUCCACGAGUUGAAAAGUUUGUGAAGCUGUGUCGGGCGGUCGUGACGAGUGACGUCAACGCGCUUCGAAUGAUAUCUACUUCAUCUAACCCUGGAAGCGUCAAGGCAAUUAACGCAAGAGGAUCGGCUCUUUUGCAUAUUAUAACAUUUUUUAAGCGCUGUGUGCUCUUGCAAAGUGGCGAUGUUGACUAUGUACUGGCGAAUUGUGGCCUAAUGCCAUGUUUGCUGGCGUGCUAUGGGUCGCACCCUAACAACAGCAUACUACACCACGCACUUACCGACAUCAUCCGAUUUGUUCUCAUGGAUCCUGAUCAAAAGCGACUACCGUCAUCUCCUUUGUUAAAUAGUUUAUUUAUCGAAGAGGCAAAUCUUCUAGAUUUCGUCAUCCGUGCGUAUGACAAGCAUGUACAAUACAAAGGCCACAUGACGACGAUCGCCAACAGUAUAUUUACACUUACCAACACCCCAAAUUGCAAUCGAGGAUUAGUUAAAAUAACCUGUCAAGACAUUGUGCGACAAUACACGUCUCAACACGAAAAAUGGGUGAGGUUUGAAGAGAUUCUUGCGAAGCAGAACCGUCUUGAGAUGGUGCCUCUUGGUCAGCGUAAUGCACCGCUGUGCCACGGCUGCUUGAAGCUGAAACAGAGUGCAGUCGACUAUGUUGCAGCAACUCUUACAAAUGCUGACAUUAAUGAGUACACUGGCUACUUGGAAACUAUUUUCUCAGAUGCUGCGAAUCAUUACUGUAAUCUCACGUACACGGACGAAUUUAUUACGGGGUUUAUGUACAAAAAAGAUAAAAUUCACGACCACAUUCCUAUUCCAGAGCCCACUCGUGUGAGCUCCUUCAUUCAGUUCCCUGUGCCCAUGCCGUUCCAUGCGCUAACGUUUACCAUCACAUUUUUUGGAUUGUGCCAAGUGUGCGACAAGCUUUGGUACUGUGACACCCUUCAAAGUGCAAACUGGACAACUCGGAUGAAAUGGGUCAUUCCGACGUCGAUCCGAAAAUGGUAUAGUUUCGGUGUGACGGAGGGGCCUGGUAGCGGUGCGCAUGGCUUGCAGUUCUCUUCAAAGGGCUACAAGAAUUUUAUAGUGCUCACUGACACUUGGGGCCGCCAAGAGCAAUGGAUGCAUGCAAUCGAAGAUGCCAUCCACAGUCUUGCGACGCAACUGUCCCGCGGUAAUACCGAGAGUGCUAUAGCAAUCGAGAUUGAUAAUGAGGUUGACGCCGACGAAAUCGACGUGAUGCGUAUGAAAGAAGUUACGGCGGGCUUAAGCGUUGCUAAUGGACUCAUGGUGGGGAAUGUACCAAAGAAUGAAUCAGGCAGUCGAAACUCGCGCGCCUCGGACGAAGAUGAAAAUGGAGGACGCUUUCGAAGUAACACCGUGACGUCAAUCGAAAGUGAAACAAAUGAGUCAAAAGACAAUGGGGACCAGUUUGAUGACUCCUUGUUGGAAACAUCAAUGCCCACCGUUCGAUCACGGUCUUCAUUCGAGCUCAGAAGUGGUGAAAAUGAUGGGGUACGAAUGACACAGUCUUCUGCUAGUUCUCGAAGAAAUUUGGAUCUGAAACGAUUUCAGCCGGAUACGCAAAAAUUUGCCGAGAUUCUUGGAAAACUCAAGGUAAAUUCACCUCGUGGAAACAAAGAUGGAACAACAGUGAGUGCUUCGGGUAGCAUUUCUCCCUUUAGCCACCGAAACAUCUUGAGUUCACAUGGUGCAAUGAAUAAUCGAUCAGCUCCUGAAUUCGUAGGCAUGCGUCACGUUGUUUCAACACCAGACCUCACACGUUUGCAAGGAUAG